AUGGCUUCGCCGUACGACAGCUACCAAACCUCCCUCACAGGGCGAUACUGCAGCCCCGCCAUGUCGCAGCUGUUUAGCCAGCGAUCUCGCCACUCGACAUGGCGAAAGCUCUGGCUAGGCCUUGCCGAAAGCGAAAAGGAGCUCGGCAUCGACACCAUUACCCCCGAGGCCCUCGAGCAGAUGAAAGCCAAUCUGACCGUCACGGACCAAGACUUUGAAGUGGCCCGCGUGGAAGAAAAGAUCCGAAGACAUGAUGUCAUGGCUCAUGUCCACGCUUUCGGUAUCGCGGCUCCGGCGGCGGCCGGCAUCAUUCACUAUGGUGCUACUAGUUGCUACGUGACUGACAACGCAGAGCUCAUCCUCAUGAAGGAUGCGCUCGACCUCCUCACAAAGAAGCUCGCCAAGGUCAUUUCCAACCUGGCCGCCUUUGCCCUCAAAUGGAAGGAUCAACCAACCCUCGCCUACACUCAUCUGCAGGCUGCGCAGCUCAUCACCGUCGGCAAGCGCGCCGCCCAGUGGGCGCAGGACCUGAUGCUCGACCUGCACAGCAUCGAGCAGGCCCGCGACGAGCUCAAGUUCCGCGGCGCCCAGGGCACCACCGGCACGCAAGCGUCCUUCCUCGAGGUCUUCCACGGCGACUCGACCAAGUGCGACGAGCUCAACAAGCUGCUCUGCAAGAAGUUUGGCUUCUCCAGCUGCUACGACGUGUCCACGCAGACGUACACGCGCAAGGUCGACCUUCUCGUUGCCAAUGCCGUUGCGGGUCUGGGCUCGUCUGCGCAGAAAAUCACCGGCGACAUUCGUCACCUGGCGCACUGGAAGGAGAUUGAAGAGCCGUUUGAGAGCUCGCAGAUUGGGUCCUCGGCCAUGGCGUACAAGCGCAACCCGAUGCGCUCCGAGCGCGUGUACUCGCUGUCGCGCGAGCUCCUCAGCAAGCCGGCCAGCUUCCAGGCCACGCACGCCGACCAGUGGAUGGAGCGCACGCUCGACGAUUCCGCCGUCCGCCGCAUCGACAUUCCCGAGACGUUUCUGCUAGCCGAUGCCAUCCUCAUCGGGCUCGACAACAUUACCGACGGGCUCAUUGUGUAUCCCCAGCGCAUCGCCGCGCACAUUCAGGCCGAGCUGCCGUUUAUGAUUACCGAGACCAUCAUCAUGCGCCUUUGUGCCACGGGGGUGUCGCGUCAAGAGGCGCACGAGCAGAUUCGUGUCCUCUCGCACCAGGCCAGCGCGGUGGUCAAGAACGAGGGCAAGCCCAACGAUCUCGUUGAGCGUAUCAAGAGCUCCGACUUUUUUCAGCCCAUCUGGGGCGAGCUCGAUGGCAUGCUCAAGGCUGAGUUAUAUACCGGUCGCAGCGCUGAGAUUGUUGACAAGUACUGCGGUCCUGGUGGCGCUGUGGACAAGGCAUUGGCUCCGUAUCGCGAGUAUAUCAAGGGCGCAGCUACCACUGAGCUCAGUGUCUAG